CUACCCGUAUACCCAGUUGCUAUAUUUGAUACUGUCCCACAAGAUUAUAUGAUCGUGUGCGCAUGUCAGUUACUAUGGCGGGAUGACUCAGUAAAAUGGAGAGAGAGAUGCACCGCAAACGGAUGUUGGAUAACAGAGAGUAAAAUAUAUCUAUGCAAUGGAUCAUCAACGUGAAUUGGAGAAAAAGAAGUACAGAAACUGGGUGAGAGGUGGACUGGCGUAUAAAUAUCUUAAAGAAGGUAUUGAAGGAUUUGCUGAUGAGGUGGUUCAACAGGAACACACGCGAAUUCUUAGAAUUGUCAGCCACACAUCUGGACUCACAUGUAACCAGUGCUGUCUUAAAACCCUGCGACCAAUACAUAGGUGUAAGACAGAUCAUGCCGGCAGAAACAAAUGCCCAUGGCAUCAGACAAACUGUAACUGUUGUCACUAUACACAAAAGCAACAAUGUUCUAAUAAGUUGUGUGACUCAAUUAUGGAAGAAAUUCUUAGAAGCCAUGGAUCCACACCACCUUCACCAUACUGGAAAAAUACUGAUAUACAAAAAUGGUGUACAGCUCCAUGGGAAAUCGCCAAAUGUUUCAUCAAUGCAUCGGGAUAUUCAGACAAGACAAAGGCAGCUGAUAUUGACAUUUCAGGCUUGCUUCAUGUUUUUAUCAACAACAUCAAUUUUCAGUCACACUUAUCAGCCAACAUAAAUUGGAGCGACAUCUUUAAACAGGUUCUAAAAAGAAGAAAUGAGUUAUUCCAUUCACCGGCAACGACGAUGGAAGACGCCAAGUUGGAUGAAUGUAUAGAUGAAAUAAUAGCAAUUCUUGACGAUGAAAAGGAACUGAAAGAAAGACACGAUGCCCAGCAAGCCGUUUCCAAGCUCAAACAGUUGAAGCAAAAGAGCUUUAUCAUUACUACACACAACGAGGCGGAAGUGUGCAGAGAAGCUCUAAGUUCAAUUACCAAGAAAUCGGAGGAACUGAAUCAAACGAUCCAAGACGCAAAAUAUGACAUUGGUACGAAAGAAAAAGAAGUUAUAGAAACGAUUGAAAGUAAGAAAAAGCAGACUCUUCAAGAAUUACGCAGUCACAGCUUGCACGACUUGCAAGAAAGAGUAAGACAGCUUGAAUUAGACAGUUCUAACUCAAAACAGCGCCUUACACAACUAGAGAGUACAGUUGACAAUCUGGACACAAUACGUCAAAAUCAUCAGAAGCAACUGGACUACGUUGAAGGAAAGCAAGAUCUUCAGAAAAAGUUCUCGGAAUUGUACCAGAAUCAUUACGUGAACACUUCGAUUUCACCACUUAAAUUACAGGAAAAUGAUGUAAAUAUAAAAGAAGUUUAUGUAGCCCCGGAAAUGGUAGUUGAUGAAAAACCAGACAGUGCAACAAAUCCUAGAGAAAAGGCGCAGACCAAGCCAGAUACCAGAAUUAGACAACAAUAUAGAGAGAUACUACAUUCGGAUAGUCGGAAACACAAAAACAUCUAUAUAGUAGGUGAUGUUGGAACAGGAAAAAGUGCAUUUUGUAAAAUGAUGAUUCAGAAUUGGUGCUCAGCGAUAACAGACUACAGUCCUAUAUCUGCUAAUGGUAACAAGCCUGAAGAUACUCUUAAUUAUGAAGAAAGUGAAAAUUACCAUCAAUCUUCUGCUGUAAACAAUGGAAAUAUCAGCGAGAUGAGAAAGUUUGAUUUUCUUUUCUUCAUACCUUUACAGAGAAUGUCAGGACUAAGCGAUAUUGCUGAAAUGAUCAAAGCUAUAGUCAAAUCCGCUGGUCUAACAUCAACUGACCAGAUAGAUAGAAUAUUUGAGCAAGAAUCGGAACGUUGUCUCAUCAUUGCAGAUGGUUUGGAUGAGUGGAAUCCUCCAAACAACACAGGCAUUUUGCCACAUAUCAGUUCUGGUUUGCCGAAACGAGAUGAGAGAGUAAAUCAUGCAACGAUCAUUACUCUUUCUCGACCAUCAGCUAAAGGAAUUCUGAACUUGGAAUCUUCAGAAUGUGAUCAAAAAGUUGAAUUGUCUGGGAUAAAUAUUAGAUCUGUUGAACGCUUCAUCCAAAAUUACUUGUCAAAGUUCAACAGAAUAGAUAUAUCUUCUAGGUUCUUCUUGAAGGAAAUGGAAAUAGCGAAACUUGAACAUCUAGAGAAAACGCCCUUGCUUUUGCAACAACUUCUAUGGUUGUACUGCAAUGGAUAUGGAAUUGGAAAAUGUGUUAGCGAUACAUACAGUCACAUUAUUAAUGCCUUGCUUCGUUGGUCACAGAACAAAGAAGAAAAAUGUGACAUGCAAGAAAAUCAAAUGCACAUGCAACUGCCGGGACUUUUGCGAAGAUUUCCAACAUGUGAAGCAAACAAACAAUUCCUGCUACUGUUAGCUAGAGUUGAGUUUGAAAUAUUGACUUCAGGAAUCGGAUCUGUCACAUUUGGUCGAUCAUAUCUUCGACAGAGAGGUGUUUCUAAAGAGGGCAUAACUGCACUCAUUAAAUGGGGUUUUCUGGUAGAAAAUACUUGUCUUGAUCCCACUCAAGAAAAUACUCAGGUAGAAUUCAUUCAUAAAUCUUACCUUGAGUUUUUUGCAGCUGUAUAUGUUUCUAGCCACUAUAAUGAACAUCAGCGUUCAAUACUUUCAAAAACCAUUUUGCAAGACCUCUUUCAAAACUGUACGUCUGCUGCCGACGUUCUACAGUUAUCAAACGUGCUCAAAAUGAUUUGUGGAUUAUCUCCAUUCCUAAUAUAUGACUUGUCAAAAUUAGUCUCAGACAUUGCAAGAAGGGAUGAAAGUAUAAUCAGGUACAGAAACUCUCUGCCGGAGUAUAAGUUGAGCAGGAAUAACAAUGUAUCCUUUCAAAUUCAGCAUCUUAUAUUCAGUUGCCUAUCAGAGUGUGGUUCAAAUGAUCAGCCGAUGGUCGCUCUUUGUGAUGUAAUCAUCGAACUCACUUCAGAUGCUUUUCUAAAACAAAUAAUACCGGAUAAUGUGAUAUCUCUUGAUGUGUGGAAUAUCUCAGAUGUAGAAGUAUGGAGAUGGAUUUCACGAUUGAAACAACUUCAGUAUAUACACAUUGAUGACAGUCAGUUACCGCACGGUGAGAUGGAAUCGGUAUUUACAUUGAUCGAAGCACCUUUGAAACACUUUGCAUUGUACUCUGUAUCAUGCAAAUAUUCUAAAUGUAAAGGCCAUAUAAUUGAUCUUUCCAAAUAUGAUCAGCUUCGGAAACUUGAGAUUAUAAAUUGUAAAAGAGUUAAGACUCCUUACAUAAACACUAAACAUCUUCAAAUGAUGCGUUUUGAUUUUUCCAGUGUAUGUAGCAUUAAUUUUCUAUUAAACGCAAGCAGUCUGACGGAACUUCACAUUGGAAAUCCUGCCUUUGAGUAUUGUGAAUACAACAAACAAGUGAAUUCUGUGGUGCAAAUCUUAAGGAAACUACGGAAACUCAGGAUAGAGCGGGCAGGUAUUAUGGACACUGCUCUCACUGUAACAUCCAAGAUGAGAAACCUCGAUCACAUCGAACUUGAGUGUGUCUUAAUGGAUCUAAAAACGUGGUAUAGUUUCGUUGAUAGUCUUCGUACCCUUCAACAAUCUGUACAGGUGCAUACACGAGAUGAGGGUCAUCAGGUAGAAAUAAAAGAAGAUAAACGUAACUAUGUAAGAGAGAAACCAAUCAUGUUUGAAGUGAUGAAAGCUGACUGGUGUAGUUUCAGUUUUAGGACAAAGAAAUAUUGUAUCAAACUCUGACUUAUCAUUUUGCAAGUUUGAAAUAUUGAGAACUGAACAUUUUUAAGCAUUACAAUAUAUCUGACAGAACAUCUAGUUUCAAACAGUGAUUAAAAGUUGAUAUAAGUGUAUACAUCGGAAUACCAUAAUAUUCAAAACAUAUUAAAAUGGGAACAUACAUCUAUACAACACUCUACACAAUCAAAACUGAUUAUAUUGCAUAGGGUAUUUUGCAUCAUAAAGCAGUGUUUUAUGCAUGGAUAGUUCAUGUGUAUUGCAUACUGUAGUAAUACAUCAAAUAUUUACUGAAUGACAAAAGCGUUUUGAUCGUAGUACUAUAGAUUACUGAAAAUAAAUUGUUUGCGAGCACAAUGAAUUAUAUUGAUAUUACUUUUAAUUAGAUUUAAAUUAACUAACAAUUGAAAGCAUUUUGCGAAAUUUCGGGAAAAAUAUAUAAUUAGGUAGAUAAACAUGAAUAUGCAUAAUUUUAAUAUAAACCAUAUUGUUUAAUUGUACAAUUGUUCAGAGCCGUUACAUUGUUUGCUAUCAACAAGUAUAUUCAUAUAACAUAUUUGUAAACGUAGAUCUAUUACAUUUUAUGUUUUCAUCAGAAUAAAAAGAAUACGACAAA